AUGGAUAUCAGGUUGAUGGAUUUGGACACUCCAUUGUUCAGCACUCUGCACCGAAUCAUGGAUCUGACGGAGGACGCGGAAAAGAACUUGAGCGCUCCAACGCGGACAUACGUGCGGGACGCGAAGGCAAUGGCUGCGACACCUGCUGAUGUGAAGGAGUAUCCGAACUCUUACGUGUUCGUGAUCGAUAUGCCUGGCUUGAAAUCUGGGGACAUUAAGGUGCAAGUUGAGGAGGACAACGUGCUUCUCAUAAGCGGUGAGAGGAAGAGGGAGGAAGAGAAAGAAGGGGCCAAGUACUUGAGGAUGGAGAGAAGGGUUGGCAAGUUCAUGCGCAAGUUCACUCUCCCAGACAAUGCCAACACCGAGGCUAUAACUGCCGUCUGCCAGGACGGUGUGCUUACCGUCACCGUCAACAAGUUGCCUCCACCUGAGCCCAAGAAGCCCAAGACAAUUGAGGUGAAGAUUGGCUAA